UGUAUCUUAUUUUUACUCAAAAAAAUGGAUUCUUUUUUUAUUAAUAUUGAUUCCACAAUUAUUGAACCAAAUAUUAUUUUACCCAUCGAACUCCAAACAAUAGAAAUAGUAAAGGAUUUUAAAAAAGAGUCUGCCAUAGAUUUAUGUAAACAUACAUCACUGAAUACACAAAAUGAAGAACUUGAAGAAACAGAGGAAACAUAUGAAAAUACAAUGCCUAUUAGACCAAAAAUUGAAAUACGGCCCCCUGAACCACCAUCUACAGGCAUUAUUUUAAGUCGCUCUCCAUUUUUUUCUGAGGCCAGUUCAAGAAAUCGUGAUCCAGAACAACCAGCAAUGAUUCAAGGUGAUAGUCAGAUGGAGAUACAUGGACGUAGCGAAAAAUGGAAAGAUCAAAAUGAAAGGCAUAGAUUUGUUGUUCGAGUAUUAGCAAUUACUUUGAUGGGUCUCGGAAUAACUACCAUGUUUUCCGUUUUUAUGUUAUUGAGCGAUCCUUUUUUACGGCUACUAUAUAGUCCACCGUUGUACAUAAUUCUAUUAGUCUCAGCAGGUUUGCUGUCAAUAAUAAGUCUGGGUAUCAGUUGUUUUUGUAAUAAAAUUACAUUACGUGGUCCAUACGCGAUCUUACAUUAUUUUGUGUGGGUUUAUAUUCUAACAGUAAUGGUGUUGUACACAAUAAGUGUCUCUCCCAUCGAGAACGUUGUAAUUGCUCUUGCUACCACUGUUUUCAUGGUUGGAAUAGCUUUAUUAAUUAUUCGGUUUGUGAAGUUCGAUUUUACAAAAUAUGUAUGGAUCGUGAUGGUUGGAUUGGCAGUAGUAUUUUUUGCAAUGAUAUUAGUAUCGAUCCUGUCAUUCUGGUUAAAAGUUACCAUGGCUAGAGCAAUUAUAAGUUUCAUUGCUGCAGUGUUAAUUUUCUUUGUCCUUAUCAUAGAUUUACAGAUGGUUAUGGGAGGACGUCGAAUAGAAUUAGACACAGAUAUGUACUGGUUUGGUGCGCUAUGUCUUUAUACGGAUAUUGUACUUCUUUUCCUUUAUCUUCUCGAUGCUCUUAAUCAGAGCUCUUCUUAGAACGUUAAGAGCCUAAUGAUGUUAUUUGAUUUACACUAUAGUACGGUUUCCAUAUUAUACACCUUAUCAAUUUACUAUUGGUUUUCACGAUUACG